AUGCUGGUAUGGCAGGAAAGUUCUAUAAGAAUUUUUAAUCAGUCGCUAGGCGGGGGUGCUUGCGAGGGGGCCUACGGCGCGGGGGCCGGCGGGGGCGUCGCGGCGGCGGCAGUGCGUCGCGCGCGGCCGACGCGCCGCCCGCCCAGCAGUCGCCCGCGCGAUCGCCACACACGCGACACGCCUAACAGAGCACGCCACACGCGCGCCGACGCCGCGAUGACGUCGCCCGCCCGCCGCUAA